AACACCGUUGUUCUUCCCAAUUUCUCUUUAGAUCAGGGUUUGGCGAGGACAUAGCGUCACCGAUCGGCCAUCGCGAUCGCGGCCGUGGGAGCUCCAUCGCCUUCUCCGGGUGUGCAUUCCCGAUCUUCCGCAGCUGCAGCGGGGCGAUCGCAUUCGAUCUUGAUCAGGGAUGACGCUAGGGUCGGGGCUGCCGCUUUGCCUCGCCGGGAUCGACAUUUCUCAGCAGGCUCGCUGCGUGAGGCAAUACAAGAAUGCCACUCCACUUUGCGGCGAUUCAGCGUCGUCCUCAGGAGAAUCGCGAAGCGAGGAUCGCAGUGAUUCUGGCGUGGAUAUGGUGACAGAGACAAGGAAGGCAUUCUUCCGCGUGGGACUAGCCAAAGAGAUGGAGUUCUUAGAUCGCAGGCGAGAGGCGCUCAAGGAGCAACAACGAACACGGCAGGAGGAGCAACUUAGACGACUCAGGGAAGUGAUAGAAUCUAGAGCAACCCAAAGUUUCGAUCCUGUCCAGUCCCAUGGAGCUAGAGCUGCGUGAUAUAUGUCUUUUUCCCUGACCCAGCAUCCUUUCCAUAGUGUGACCACUUUGGGAAGUUAUGCUCCACUGUGUUUAUUGUCUUCAUGGUUUUCCUGUUAAAACAUUCGAUCGACCUACAGGAUAAAUUUGUCUCGGUCGACCGUGUCAAAUUGUCAAUUGUCGUGAGGUAGCCUCUUGAACUAAAUCAUCCUGUUCACUUUUUCUGUUGCUCGCAGAUUCUCUAUAAGCUUUGCUGCGCCCCACUGUGGUGGAAUGACAGCCAGAGAACGCACUGAACCAAAGCUUUGGUACGGUUGCAGUGGUAUUUAUGAUGUCCUGGAGAGUGUCCGCUCACGAUUUUCAGGAUGGAUUCUUUCAGGAUGCAUUCGUUGGGAACUCCAGUACUGCUUUCGUUCGCGAUCGUGACAGUCGUGUUUCUGUCAGUGGUAUCAUCCGACCCGGAUCCUCUCCAGGACUUCUGCAUCGCGGACCUCACCGCCGGCGUCAACAUCACCGGCUUUCCUUGCAAGAACCCGGCGCUCGUCACCGUGGACGACUUUGUCUACUCCGGCCUGGUGCCGUCGGCCAACAUUAGCAGCAUCGACCGCGCUGGCGCAAUCUUUGGAACAGUCCAGCGCUUCCCGGGCCUCAACACUCUGGGCCUCUCCGUGGCCAGGCUCGACAUCGAUGUGGGAGGGAUCAUUGUCCCUCACGUCCACCCCCGCGCCUCGGAGCUCGUCUACGUAGAGAGGGGCAGUGUCUACGCGGCGGUGGUGAGCUCCACCGGCAGGCUGUUCGCUAAAGUGAUCCGCAGAGGAGAGGUGAUGAUCGUCCCCAGGGGUCUCCUCCACUGGCAGAUGAGCACCGGGGGAUCGCGUGCCAAGCUCAUUGUCACGCUCAACUCCCAGUUUCCGGGGAUCCAGUUCAUCGCGAGGUCCAUGUUUGGGCCCCAAGUUCCAGACGAGGUGCUGCAAAAAACGUUUUUUCUCGACAAGGAAACGAUCGCUCGUGUUCGUUCCAAAUUCUGAAUUUUCUCCCUUCCUAUAACGCACAAAAUUUAUUAUUGUAGUGAUUAGUUAUGAUUUACAGUAAUGGAGGUAUAGCUCAGCGGUAGAGCAAUCGGCUGCAGUCCGAUGGGUCGCUAGUUCAA